AUGGGCUUGGCAUACAACACAUACUUGAAUAGUAGCAAGGUCUACGGCUGCAAGACAUGCAAGGCGCAUCUGUCAAAUCAUGAGGAUAUCAUAAGCCGCAACUUCCGAGGACAGCACGGCAAAGCGUACUUGUUCAAUACUGUCGUGAAUAUCGAGACAGGCGAGCCCAGCGAGCGUAACAUGACGACAGGACGUCACAUAGUCCGGGAUAUCACCUGCAAGCAGUGCAAGGAGACUGUUGGGUGGAAGUAUGAUAAGGCAUAUGAGGCUACAGAGAAGUACAAGGAAGGCAAGUUCAUUCUCGAAGCUGAACUGCUUUGCAAUGUUACUUAG